AGUUUCCACGUGGAGUUAUUACCAAACAGACGUCCUUGCUGAACUGUUUCUUUGCAGUUGAAGACGAUCGGUUCACCGUGGCGGGACAAGCUCUGUUUGAAGCAGUGAUUUUACUAUUUUUCGAGCAAAUAUAAUGUCUAUUUAUAUCAACUGCUUUUGAAAACACAGUUUCAAGUUUUGUGUUUUUUCUGGGGUCAAAAACUGAGUUGGCAGUCAGAUUGAGUCGUCACCGUUUCGAUUGAUGUAGUUUGACUUGAUUGCCUGCUUCAAAUCACUCGUUUUAAAAUGGAGAAAGCUGCCAAUCACGCGAAGGAAUCGAGUUCCUUUCAAUGGCACGCCAUGCUCUCUGGAAUAGAGUCAGAAAAACUGGUAGGCAUCAGAGAAGUUUGGAAUUAUUUAGAAUAUUAUCGUGGAAAUCUGGUUUUGGAAUCCCAAAAAUUUGAGUCUGAAAAGAGAUUGUUCGAGUCUGAUCGCGCAGCAGCUUUGAAACAGAUUCGUCUCGAUUUGCAAUCCAAAUAUCAAAGCGAAUCGGAAUCUUUAGUCAGCAAAUUAGACGAGGCUUCCACCCUAUUGAAAUCGAGAGAACUAAAAAUCACCCAUCAGUCGAAAUACAUAAACUUACUGGAAGACAAGCUCAAAAAUGAUUUUGGUACUGAAUUGCCAAUUAUUACGGAAGAAACAAAUGAAACUCUUCCGGAAUCGACAAAUCAGAAUGUUUCGUCAGACAUCGCUUUCGAAGCUGCCCAUCUGGAACUCCAGUUGUUAGUGGAACAGAAAAAGAAUGACAAACUCUUCUACGAAAAUCGAAUUUCUCAGCUGGAAGCGGAUGUCAUCCGACUCGGGCAAGAACUAGAUCAAUCGAAAGUUGAAUCUGUUCCAGUUCAUCAGCCGGAAUGCCAUGUGCAAACAGAAAAGGAUGUCAUCUUGCCAGAGACGUUACAAAUUAAAGAACAAGAUGACUACGAGGAACUACCAAGUCCAGUCACUGAGCCAUUUGACGUAAGCAAACAAUUGGAUACGUCAGAUUCGAGCGGAUUAGUAACGGAAGACUCUACACCGAAUGUCACGCCCCCUUUGGAUUUCUCGGAUGCAAAUGAAGAAAUACUUCACGUUAUUCAUACUUCUUCCUCUCAAUUCACCACGACACAAGUAUCUUACAACAAAAUCAUUGACAAAUCGUCGACAUUGAAAUCUCCCCAGUCCGCGUGGAUACAAACUGGAUUGCUAGAAACGUGCAACACUAAUCUCCAAUGUCUAGAAGCUAUGCUAUCCUUUUUAAAAAGCGGUUACAAAAAUGCUGGUUUGAAGAAAACUGUUCAAGAUUUGAUGAAAAAAUGGGUACUGCUUGAUGCUAAAAUCUUCCUUCUUCUGCAGAAGGAUUUAAGCAAAUAUCCAUCUGUAAAUGCAACCUUUGGUGAAAUUAAUGUUACUUAACCUCUCAGGGCAUGUCCCAUGGCAGUUAGUGGACUUGUAGUUAAACAUAACAGAAUUUAUUUUAUUAUUAUAUUUUAUCUCUCUCACCAAAGAAUGUUCUGCCAAAUAUUUCUCUUUCAUCUUUGUCCCUUUAGCACAUACCGUUUGCAUAGUCGUUACGGUUGCCUGGAAUUGGGAAUGAAUAUACAGCUUCAUACUGA